AACCCAGAUCUCGUGACGAAUCUGCAGCCCUGGUCUCUAACGGGCUCGGGCGACCUGCCAGUGGCGCGGCGCAGAGACCACUGCGAGACCCCGCCUCCGGGAGCGGACGCCGGGAACUCGGCUUUUUCGACGGCCGCGCUCGCGCAGGGGAUGAGGAACGCAUCCCUGCAGCAGUGGGUGAAGGAGCUGCGUGUGUUGUACGAGGCCGAGUGCAUGAACACGCUGCAAUCGAAGUCGGUGCCGCGAGAGAGCGUCUUUCCCGACCCCGCGGCGCACUCCACGCGGGAGGCAGUGCGCGCCAUCCAGCUCCGUGCGCAGGAUGUCUCCACGGAGUUCGCUAAACUGUGCCAGCGCUUAGAGUGGCUGGAGCUGGACCAGGUGCCCGCGCUGGCCAAGUCCCUGGUGUGUCACAUCAACACUUUCCUGAGGGAUUACACCACGCAGUGGACGUCGGCCGAGUCAGACUUCCAGCCGCAGUCGUCGCUGGGUCGCCAGAGCAAAGUCAUCGAGCAGAUCUGCCAACGACUUACGGACGUGUGCAGCGACGACCACACGCGAGAGGCAGACGAGCAGGACACGACCCGGCAGGUGGUGCAGGUGGUGACGGCUCUCGGCCACGCCUUCACCAAGCUGGUCGACCUCAUGAUCAGCCGCGAAAUUAAGAUUGUAAUCAGAUCCCUUGAGGACUACUGCAGCUUCAGGGACACGAGGGACGCCAUCAUGAGCCUGACUGCGAUGGGCGCGGACGGAGGGCACAUCUGCCGCCUCAUCGCCCGACUCGGGGGCGUCAGGGCGCUGCUGGGCAUCUGCCUGGAGUCUCGGGCGGGCGUCGUUAGGGUUGACGCCCUUCGCGCUCUGGCCACCGUGUGCUGUGUCGUCGAGGGGAUUCUGGAGCUGGAGAAGGCGGGGGGCGUGGAGGUGGUGGCGGAGGUGCUGUGCGACGAGGAGUGCCCCGAGGAGGAGCGGAGCGAGGCGGCGGGCGUGCUGGCGCAGGUCACGUCGCCCUGGGUGGAGGACAACCACCGCCUGGCGGGCCUCCACGACAACAUGGACGCCAUCGUCGCCGCCCUCACAGGUCUCGCUCGCAGCACCGAGACGCCCGAGACCUUCCUGCUCGCCUCCGCCGCCCUCGCGAACCUCACCUUCCUGGACAGCGACUUCGUGGACGCCAUGGUGGCUGCUGGGACCGCCCGCGUCCUCCUGCGGGCGGCGCGCGGAAGCCUCGCGCUCUCCGUCUUCACCAAAGACCAGAUCGCGACGGUGCUGGCCAACCUGGCGGGGUCUCGCGGGGCGGCCGAGGAGGUGGUGGCCGCGGGGGGCGUGUCCGUCCUGCUCGCCCUCCUCAACACGCGCCCCGCCCCCUCGCACCGCCUGCCGGAGGUCGCCACGGCGGAGCGCGUCCAGCAGAAGUCCGCCAUCGCUCUGUCCAGGCUGUGCGCGCGGGCGGCGGUGGCGCGGGAGGUGGCGGAGCGAGGCGGCGCCAAGAGGCUGGUCCGACUGUGCAAGGACGAGGAGGAGAGGAACCACAGCGACUCUGUGCUUGUGGCUUGCUUGGCGGCGCUGAGGAAGAUGGCCUCCGCCUUAGGACCCGAGGAGCUCCGAGAGAUGGGCGCGGCUGAGCUGGUCGAGCCUCGUCUUCUGGAUUCCUUCCUGAUCUAUUCGUCUCGCCAGGAGAGCUUCGUGUAGCAAAAAAAAAAACAAAA